GCAAAGAACCAGCAGAGGKCGGUAGUGGCGUGUUUCAACACAAAUAACGUCAGAAAUCCUACGGUGUGUUUAUGUAGGCCAACCUGAGACGUGCCAGCGAGAUUGUUUGGAUCCGACGAAAUACACCCCCUCUUCACAUCUAUCAGGAACGUGCGUGAAAACACGAUUUACACGUCUUAUUGAUCGAGCUGUAAGCGCGACGUAAGUCAUGAAGAAAUACAGAGAGCUAUGGAGAAUAGAUUCAGCAGUGUUUUGAACGACCCCUCACGAUUUUCAAACGCCGAGAACAAUUUCCACAACGAAAGAUCUAAGACUUUGUUUGAAGAAAUCCGUGCCUCCAUAAACAACAAUGACGAAGAGGACCGCUCCUUCUGGAGGCCUGUGCUUCCAUGGGGGGGCGUCUUCACCAUCAAGGCAGGACGGAAGGCCAUAUCGUGCAUCCCUCUGUACGUGGAGGUCCAGCUGAAAAACACAUGCACCAUCGAUGGCUUCCUCAUGAUCCUGUACGUGAUCCUGCGGGACAACCAGGGUUUCCACAGGGAGCUGGCCGUCUUCCUGGGCAAGCAAUUUGUGGAGCAUUUCCUCUACCUGAUGGACUCCUGUGAGUACACCACGGUGAAGAUGCUGUGGAUCUGGAACAGGAUGUCCAAGAGACAGUACCGCUCUGAGAUCCACCGGGCAGCCCUGGAGAUAGACCUGUUUGGGAACGAGCACGAAAAYUUCACAGAGAACCUGGAGAACCUCAUGUCUACUACUCAGGAGAGCCUGUGCACCAACUGUGACUGCCCGGGCCGCUUCCAGAUCUUCAGGAAAACCACCAUCAACAUCAGCCCGCCUCACGAACUUCCUCACAAAGACCCGAUCCAGUCGGCUGUGGAGGAGUUUUUCAGUCCCAAGCUCCUGCUCUGCGCAGAACAAGGGUGCGACGGUUUGAGGGAGUUCUCUCAGAGGCUGUUCUGCCACGGCCCCCCACCUUUUGUUAUCCUCAACAUGCAGCAGUGGAGGUCAGAGGACCUGUCCUACGUCCCCUACCAUCUGGCUCUAUGUCAGCACAGAUACUUACUAGAGGGCGCCACACUCUUCAACAAGCAGGAGCAUCACUACUCUGCAGCCUUCCAGAUAGAUGGCUGCUGGAUGCACUACGAUGGUCUGAGAAGUGAUAAYCUGAUCCUGCUGAACAAACCGCCGGAGCUCCUGCUGCUGUCCUCUCUGGUCUACAUCCGUGCGUCUGAUAAGUGACGAACAGGUGGACCAGAAGUCACACCAAACACAUGAAGAAAGGCAUUAAAUGCACCAGACGUUGUUUUUUUUUUUUGUCCCCAGACAUAAUUCCUAUUAUUGGCAUUAUAUUUCUUUAAUGUUCAUUUUACUUUUCUGCUAAGAUUUACAGUGAGUUGAUGCCCUGAAAAUGUUGCUGUAAGAAUGAGUGGCUGAAAGUAAACACUGAGAUUUACUUCUAAUUCGGGGCACGCUUGGAAUCCAAGAAAACCAUGGACUAUAAUAGUUCUGGGGCGAUAAGCACUUUUAGUAUCAUAAAUAAAACAGUUUUGUAGUUUUUGAUGCAGUCUUAUUGUAAACCUUUAAAAAGUUAAAUGGUUCUGCAGUGGUUGCUAAAUGAGGUGGAUUUCUGGUAAAGUAGCCAUUUUGUAACGACUGUUUGGAAUCUGAACUCAUUUCCAGCAAACGUAWAAUAUUGUGCUUGUUCUACUUUUACAUUUAUGCAUAUCAGCCCUACUUUAAAAAAUCAAUCUGGUGCUUUACACUGUGCUCUAAGGGAAAUGAUGGAGCACGGUCAGAGUCCAAGUUAGGCUGAAGUUUUGUUGAAGCUGUUUGAAGUUUUUUUUGUACAAAGUGUGAAUGUGAACGUAUGGAAUAAUUGCUUUUUUUUAUGUUUGAAGCACUUGAGCUUAAAUGCGACCAAUUUGCAGAGAUAACCGCAGUUCAGCUUUCUUAUUUUGUAAAAAAAGAAAAAACUUUUAAUCCUCACAAAAACUCCUGGUAUCACAYGGUGCCUCUGCCAAGGAACGCUUCGACAAGUGUCUUGUUGAGUGUUAAACUUCCGAGGGGAGAAAUCUAUUUUCUGUAGAUAUUGUCUUUUAAAAUAAAAAUAUUUUUGAACACG